UUCUCUUCUUCCCUUCUUCUUUUCUUUGUUUUUGAAUUUUAAGUAGAAGGGAAAAGGAUGGGCAGGGCUCCUUGCUGUGAUAAGGCCAAAGUGAAGAAAGGUCCUUGGUCUGCGGAAGAGGAUUCAAAACUCAAGGAGUUCAUUGAGAAGAAUGGCACUGGGGGCAAUUGGAUUGCUCUUCCUCAUAAAGCUGGGUUAAGAAGAUGUGGAAAGAGCUGCAGGCUUAGAUGGCUAAACUAUCUUAGGCCUAACAUCAAGCAUGGGGAGUUCUCUGAAGCUGAAGAUAAUACUAUUUGCACUCUAUUUGCUAGCAUUGGGAGCAGGUGGUCUAUCAUAGCUUCUCAGUUGCCAGGGAGAACAGACAAUGAUAUCAAGAACUACUGGAACACAAAACUCAAGAAAAAACUCCUUGGCAUCUCUUCUUCCCAAAAGAGAAGUUCUCUUCAUCAGCAACAGCGCAGCCAGCAGCUUUUCUUCUCAUCACCAUCACCAUGUUUAACUUCCAAUCCCUACAUAAAUAAUAGUGUUACUCCUACUCUCUUUCAAAAGGACUCCUUUGGUUGCUUCAAUCAUCAAGCCAAUUUGGCUCCAAUUUCAUCCAAAGUCUUCAGUGCUCCUUCCAGUUCAUCUUCAUCUUCUUCCUCUUUCUUCCAAAAUACGAGCUUUAAUAAUUUGAUGCUUUAUGGCAACACAAGUUUUCAGGAAUUCGAUGGAAUACCGAAUUCUACUCCCUUAGAGGAGUACUCAGUCUAUGGAUUUGAAGACAUUAAGAAGAUGCUUACGAAUAGCAACAAUGAGUUUUACUUUGAGGACUAAACAGUUGGAGGAUGCAAAGCCCAAUGGAGAAGUAUGGAUGCUUUUUGAAUUGUAAUGUAAAGGGUGAUUGGGAUUGGGAAGGAAGAUAUUAUUUG